UCCUACCAUGAACGGCAUGAACUAGGGUUACUGGUUAGUGCAAACCUGCAAAAUGUACAAAUGUGCAAUAAUGCAUGUGGUGCACUCGGUGGCUAUCGACAACAACAACAAUAAAUACKAAGUACUAACAGAGUAACAGACAACAGUCGUCAACAACUUACUCCGCCGCGUUCGCUACCCGUUUUAACGCCAAAAACUAAAAAACAGCGCGCAAAUGGCGGGGUUGUCGAAUCUCCGCCUCGGAAUAACUACAUCGUGUAUGGGAUAAAAUAAAAUCGCGUGUGCCACCCCCAUUAAAAACAAAAAAAUCCCCAUACAAUGAGCAUUUACAAAAAGGUUGACUUUUACGAGCUGUGUCGGCUGUGCAUGUGCGUAGGUGGUAAGAAACACCAUUUAUUCAAGAGCCAAGAGAGCAGCGAUCGGCAACUACAGUUCAAACUGAAAAAGUGUAUACCCCUGCAGAUCAAAGAAACUGAUAAUUUACCAAAAGGAGUAUGUGAAAAUUGUAUAACAAAAAUGGAAGAAUUUUAUGAUUUUAUAGACCAAUGUGUAAAUACUGAAUCUAUGUUAAAAAGUUACUGUGCAACUUUAAGUGUUUCCGAUCAAGCAAAAUGCCAAGGAAAAGUUUAUGUGCGAGAAUCUUUAGAAAAUGAUUCUUCAAGUACUAAGAAAAAUGAUAGCUCUAACCAUUCAUCAUCUAUUCAUAUGAUUCAAAGUCUGUCUAAUCUUGUUCAAUCUGGUUCAAUACAAAUAGUUAAUGAUAUAAACAGUAGAUGUCAAGAUUUUUGUAAAUAUGACAAUAUGCAGCAAGUUAUAACUAGUACAACUAAUGGAGUUGAAUCCAUGAAGUACAACUAUACAGUUGCCAAUAAUUCAAAUCAGUCGCUUCAAACAGAUUCAUCUAAUGAAGAAAAUGAUGCUAGUGAAAAUGUUCAAACUAUUUAUUCUAUACCUGAUAUUCCUAGUUCAGAUAAAGAAGAUUCUGAAAUGAACAUACAUUCUUUAAGUUAUGUGACUCCAUUAACUGUUGAACCAGAGAUGCUUCAUUUUCAAUUUAAUAAAUCUGAUAAUGAUCAAGAUUCAGAUUUGGAUAAUAGUAAGUCUAGUGACAAAACUUAUAUGAAUGGGUUUUUACCCACGGAUGGAGCUCUUGCAUCUUGCACUGCAUGUGGGAAAGUAUUAGAAUCUGAGGAAGAAAUUGUUAUGCACAGUCAGAUGUGCAAAGCUAUUAAUAACAGAAGUGUUUCUAAUUUGCCGACCAGAAGUGCUAGAGAUAUGAUGCCUCCAAGAUUUCCUUGUGAUAUCUGUGAGAAAAAAUUUAAAAGAAAAGAGCAUUUAAUUCAACAUAGAAAACUUCAUACUGGGGAACGACCAUACAGUUGUGAGACAUGCUCUAAAUCAUUUAGCCGUAAAGAACAUCUUAUGCGUCACAUGUUAAGUCACACAGGUCAACGAUUGUAUGGAUGUGAUUUAUGUCAUAAACAUUUUAGUCGUAAAGAUAAUCUUCACAAACAUCGAACCACACAUGGAGUGACUGGUCCUCUAGUCUGUGAAGUUUGUGGUAAAUCAUUUAUUGUAAAACACUAUUACGAUAUGCAUAUGGCGACACAUAAUGAAGUUGAGGAUAAUCAGUUACCGUAUGUGUGUGACAUAUGYAAGAAACGGUUUGCUACAAGUCAAUUUUUAGUUACUCAUCAGUUCAAACAUCAUACAAAACGUUAUACUAAUGAUCUUAAAUCGCAGUCUGGAUCUGUUAUUGAAAAAUUGAAAAAUGAAUUACAGGUUGAUCUACAAGGGAAGCAAAAUCUACCAUCUAAUGUGCCAAAUACAAAUACAUAUCAAGUAACUUAUGAAGAUAAUAAUUUGUAAAUAAUAACAAAAAGGUCUAAAGCCCAAAAUGUUCAGGUUUUCAGGGUGUUAAUUAUGGGUUCCUACAAACACUAGUUUUAGAUUUUAGUCAUAUUAUUUUGUACUUAUAUGUUACAUUUUAAUUAUUGUCACACGACACCAAAUUUUAUGACUAUUGAAAGAAUGACUCAGAUUUUAAGUAGAAUAAUUUUUUUUUAAUAUUUGGUGGUUUUGCCAAUUAUUAUUAUUAUUAUUAUUAUUAAUAUUUUUUUUUUUUGUAGAAAAUCAAAACAUUAGUAAAUUAUGUUUACGAUUAACUUAAGUGCCUUUAAAUUUAAAUUAUAUUACAUAGUACAAUAUAAUCAACUCAAGCUGAGGACAAAUCCUCUUAUAACAUAUCACAGUGUAGAUGGUUGAAUGUUCCAUACAUAUCCACAAUUUGGAUUUUUUAAUGUAACUAAAAUCCUAUUAUAUUUUUUUUAUGUUAAUGAUAGUUAAAGCAUGUACAAAAUAUACCAAAAAACUAUAGGAGAAAUGUUAUUUUGAAACCCAUAAACAGACUGAUAUAAUGCUAAGACAAACUAAGUGAAUUGAAUUGCUCAUUAGAAUUUAAUAAAUGUUGUUUUAGAUUUAUGGUGGUCUUAAUUUUUAUGAUUUUUGUCUAAAAAAUUAUA